GCAGAAAGAAGUGAGGGCUGGAGGGGAAAUGAAAAGCUGAGUGGGAGGACCAGUGCUUUGGGAAGCACAACUUUUCUCUGAUAUAAAUUCUCUGAGGGAGAGAUUGUCAGUUGGAAGACAGGAAUUCAGGUUUGCUGAAAUUGGAGAUCAAACACCUAGACUGAGUCAGAAAUUCUGUCUCCAGUGAAAUGCUGCUUCUGCCAGUUCUAUUGCUGGUAGUUCUCUUUCCAGGUGGUGAUAAUGAGGACGCCUUCCAUCACCCACAGGUUCCCAGGGACCAACCUUCUACCUCAUCCAGAUCUCGUCCUUUGCCAACAGCACCUGGGCACAAAAUCGAGGCUCAGGCUGGUUGGAUGAUAUGCAGAUUCAUGGCUGGGAUAGUGACUCCGGUAUGGCUAUUUUCCUGAAGCCCUGGUCCAAGGGUAACUUCAGCGAUGAGGAAGUAACAGAGCUGCAGGAGAUAUUUCGAGUCUACCUCAUUGGAUUUACUCGGGAAGUACAGGCCCGAGCCAGUGAUUUCCAGAUGGAAUACCCUUUUGAGAUCCAGGGCAUAGCAGGCUGUGAGCUGCGUUCUGGGGAGAUCACUGUAAGCUUCCUGAGGGGAGCUUUAGGAGGACUGGAUUUCCUGAGCGUCAAGAAUUACUCAUGUGUACCUGCCCCAGAGGGUGGCAGCAGAGCAGAGAGGUUCUGUGCACUACUCAGCCAGUACCAAGGGAUCUAUGAUACUGUGGAGAAGCUCCUCUUAGAAUCCUGCCCUCGAUUUCUCUUGAGUGUUCUCAGUGCAGGGAAGGCAGAUCUGCAGAGGCAAGAGAAACCUGAGGCCUGGCUGUCCAGCGGCCCCUCUCCUGGUCCUGGCCGUCUGCUGCUGGUGUGCCAUGUUUCAGGAUUUUACCCAAAAUCUGUGUGGACAAUGUGGAUGCAGGGGGAGCAGGAGCAGCACGGCACUCAGCGAGGUGAUGUCCUGCCCAAUGCUGAUGGGACAUGGUAUCUCCGAGUCACCCUGGAUGUGGCAGCUGGGGAGGUGCCUGGCCUGUCUUGCCGAGUGAAGCACAGCAGUCUAGGUGGCCAGGACAUCAUCCUCUACUGGGGACACCCCAUCUCCAAUGGCUGGAUCUGUUUGGCAGUAAUAGUGCCCUUCUUGAUCCUUUUGAUAGGGCUUGCAUUAUGGUUUAUGAGGCGCUGGUCAUAUCAGAAUAUCCAGUGAGCACUCAUCACGUCUCCUCUUCCAUUAGAAAAAAAGAGCUCAAGAUGUCGGCCAGGGUCAAAAUGUGUUAUCAUAUUUCAUUAAAUCAGAGUUCCAUCCGCUUGUAUGAUGAAUCAUAAUCUA